AUGAGCCCUGCCAUUGACUUCUUUCCCUCCACAGAGCACACCAAUGAUAAAGAUGCCAGCUACCAGGGAGACAGCAAGCUCCAAGACCUCAAGAGACAUGUCGAAGUGUUGGAGAGUGCCCCUCAUUGCUCCAGUUCAAAGCGUCUGCAUUUAAAUGUGGGGUUUGUUCCCUGGGAAGACCUGGGUGAGGAAGAGCUACAUGCCUGCAACUACCUCAUUGCCAAAGUGUGCAAGAUGAUGUACUCACUUGUCAGGUAUGAGCAUGGCACUACAAUGCCAUGCAAAGGCAUCACCCCUCUCUCAGGCAACACCAAUCUCCUUGUCCCUGACUUCCAUUGUGACAUUAAUGAUCCCACCAACAAGCUGAUACAGACAAGGGCUGCCAGGAUGGGUCUGGAGGCUGAAUCGGGCAACUCAGCUGGCAAUGUGCCCAAAGAACUGCGGGACAAGUGGCUCACCUUGCCCAUGCUGCAGGAGCUUGGCCAUGCUUCAUGGCCCAAUAUGAAGCAGAUCUACAAAGCUCACCUGGAUCAUGCCAUUUUCAAGUCCCAGUUUGUGCAUGAACACUGGGUCGGCAAGGAAUGGUCUUGCAAUGAAGAUGGAAUGAAGAGCCAGACAUGGCAAGACUGGCUGUAUGCAAUGGGCAUGCUGUUGGUCUUUGAGAGGGAUGAUCCGGAUCUUGAUGUCUGGGAGGUGUGCCAACCUGUAUGGCUGAACAAGGCACUGUGGCACUUCUUCCAAGGAGCCAUUGCAGAUUAUGCAAGGGAGUCAGCUGCCUGGGGGAGAGGGAAGAGCAAAGUCCAUGAGGCCAAAAGAAUUGACUGCAGAUGCACCUUCUUCCUCAAGCCCAGCUGGACACCCUACAACUGCAUGAUCCAUGAGCUGUGGAAGGGGGAGGAGCUCCUGAAGCAGCUGGACUGGAUCCGUUAG